UUUUAUUUUAGUUUUCGUACCAGCGUCAAGGAGUCUAUGUGGAAAAUUGCAGCGGAAAAAAGGAAAAGAACCAAAAAUAAAUGCAGCCUAUUAUGUGCUAGAAAGUGAGAGGCUUUCAAAAGAUGCAAAUGUUUCGAAUUUUUAACUGGCUGAUUUUGAAUGUUUGGCUCAGCUUCUAUAUCUGUUGGGCCCAACAAACGCAUAUUAAACUGGAGCAGGGCGAUCUAAUUGGUCUCAAGGUCUUUCCGGAUGGAGCACGCAGCGCAGUCUACGCCUUCCUGGGAAUACCCUAUGCACAACCACCUUUGGGCUCACUGCGUUUUGCGCCUGCCCAGCCACACAACGGCUGGAACCGGACGCUUCAGGCCACGGCAAUGCAGCCCAUUUGCCCACAGCUGUCGAAUACCAUCUACGAUGAGAGCGCCGAUGGCAGCAUAUCACGUGCUGCUCCCAACAAUGAGGAUUGUCUCUACCUGAACAUCUGGACACCUGAGACGGGCUUGCGUUACGGCCAACUGCCUAUGCUGGUCAUAAUUAGCGGUGAGGAUUUCGCCUACGACUGGUCGCGUAAUCGCAUCAACGGUCUGGACUUUGCCGCUGCCGAGAGCGUGGUUGUGGUCAGCGUGCAAUAUCGCAGCAACAUAUAUGGCUGGCUGGGACUGGGCCAAGAUCACCGCCAGCUGCCGGGCAACUAUGGAUUGAGUGAUAUCCAACUGGCGCUGCGUUGGCUCCAACGCAAUGCCCAAAGUUUCGGUGGCAAUGCCGAUCAGCUGACGCUGCUCGGUCAUGGAAGCGGUGCCAUCCUGGCCCUGGCUGCCGCCCUGCAACCGGCUGAUGGCGCUUCGCUGUUCAAGCAGCUGAUACUGAUGUCGCCGGGCCCGGUUCUGUACGCCUUGGGUGCUGGCCAUCAGCAGCGCAUUGUGGCAACCGGACGUGUACUCGUGCACAAGCUGGGCUGUCAGUUCGAGGAGGCACAACACCGCCAGCUGCUGAGUUGCCUGCGCCGCAAGAGCGCCGAGGAUCUGCUGCGCGCCUAUGAAAGUGUCUACAAUCACGGCAAUGCCAGCAUGCAGCUGGGCGUGCAGCUAAGCUACCCUGGCGACCUGGAGCAGCACCUGGCUAAUGUGUCGCUCCCGCCGCUGCUGCUGGGCAUUGGCUCCAAUGAGGGUGCCUUCAUGCAGGACUAUUGGCUGGACGUGGCGCGUGACGGUCACCUGGCCCUGCACGGCUAUAUCAACAGCACCCUGUUGCCAAAUGUGCUUCGCUCCAUGCAGCUCGAGGAGCAGGCGGGUGCAAGCGAGGCUCAAUUGGCGGCCAUACGUUGGCGCUACUUUAGCGACGAGGCUUCGGCUUCGGUCAGUCAAUUGCUGUGGGGCAUGCAGCGGCUGCUGUCCGAGUCGCUGUACGAGACGCCCUUCCUGCGCCUGCUGCAGCUGCUCAAUGACAGCAGCAGCCCAAGCUAUGCCUAUGUCUUUGAUCAGUCGCAUGCUCAUGCGAUGGACAUGCGCGGCAGACAGAAUCUGUUUGGCGGCGCCUCACAUAGUGCGGAUUUGCCGCUGCUGCUCGGUCCGAGUCUAUUUCAACAGAUUGCGCGUCGUCGUUUUAGCGUCGAGGAGGAGCAGCUGUGCCGCAAGCUACGCGGCUCGUUUGCCAACUUUGUGAAAGGCGGCAAUCCGACGCCGGGACGCAUUUAUGAUGCCUGGCAGCCGUACACGCCACAGCGUACCUUUGUCUACGCAUUGGGUGAGCUGGCCAAGAGCUUGGAGCUGCCAGCUGGCGUUGAUGAGGCGCUCAUUGAACAGCUGCUAAGUGGCAAACAGCAGACGGAUGUCGGCUCGGAUCGCAGCUUGUCCAGAACUAAUCGGCAUGACAGCUAUCGACAGGGGAACAGCAAUUCGUAUGUGGCCAACAACCAGCUGGAUUCCGGCUAUGGCAAUCACUUGCGACGCGUUUACGGCUUUUGGCAGGUGCUGCUGCCCACAGCACAAGACGCAGAGCUGCGCGAUGGCAGCGGUGGUGUCUUGAGGCAGCGUGUUAAGCUUUUGGAGGCUAAUGCUGAUGCUGCACGCUAUCGGCAGGGUUUUUAUGCCAUGCUGGGCCUUGUUUGCCUGCUGCUGGCGUGUCUAGGCUUGUGUGUCUAUCUGUUGCGUCGCGAGCUGCCCCACAGCAGACGCAUCUCAUCAGCGGAGCCGUCCUAUGGUUUAUGACAAAAGUGGUUUCGUUGGACGACCAUCUUUGGACGCAACGCCAAGUUUGAGGCCGACACAAGCGUGGCCAAUGUCGAGUCCUGGCGCAAAGGUGGUCGAACAGCGAAACGAGAACAGGACCCAGCACCAAGUAGUCGGACGCGACGUCCAAGACAACUGCAGCCGUACGAUGAGCAGCCAAAGGGCAACAAGGCUGCAAACACUGCCCGAGGAACCGGAGCUAGAGCUGGAACAAGAGAUGGCUGCGGUGACGGAGCAACCGCAGUUGGAGAUGAGGCAACUGUUGCGGAACUCCUGGACACUGUCCGCAACCAAUACGAGCAAAAUAUGGCUUUUAAGAACUGGCAAUACCAGUUGACUUGUGAUAAGUUCUAAGCAUAACCAAAGAAUCUAUUUGAAGUUGUACAUUUCGUAUAUACGUAUUUACCUUUUUCUUUGUUUUAUUAAAAACUUCGAAAU